GGACUUUUAUCUGGACGGACUACAACCUUGGAUUGGUACACUUCCGUAUUAAAAAAAACCUCAUGAUUACACAUUUAUAAAAAUCGGUAAGAGAUUAUACUUAUUUUUAUUCUACGCUACAAAGUGAAGAACACAAUGCUGUUUACUUAAGGUCUGUUUGUAAAUAAAUUCGUGAGACCGAUCCAACCGGUAACAAGUUCAGUUGUCAGUCACCGGGUUGUCCACUCUGUCUUCCGUCUGUUUUCCGUAAACAAGCGCUGUAACUUGGAGAUAUGGCCGUGUGGGAAUCCUAACCCUAUAAACGUAAAGGCAAGAAACCAGGAUUACUUUUUAUGGCAGUGUCAAGAGCUACACAUUUCACACCAGCAGUGAGAUUUCUUGGAUCCUGCUACAAACAGAGACUCUUGACCCCACACCUGUCUGUGGGAUGGAGGGCUGUUUCUGGAGGAGAGUACAGACGGCCAGGCCAGACACAGGACAACACCCCCAUAUGGAAGAAGUUUGACUUCAAUAAAGGUGUGGAGGGGAUACGGAAGCAUUUUACUCUGCUGAAGAACGAGUUUCUGGGCCGCUGGACAGGGCCAGAGGGAAAGACACUGAUUGAACAUAUCCUGGAACAGACCAGGGUGAUCUGGGAGUUCAGAGGGCCAGAGAGCCUGGAGCACUGGACAGUGUCUUCAGACCAAGAGAUCGGCGGGAGGAGUGAGGCCUAUCUGAAGCUAGGCAGGAACAACGCUACAUGUCUGAUGUAUGGGACCCUCUGUUCUGCUCCCCCCAGAGACGGAGAGACACGAUAUAGUGGAUACUGCACUCUACGUUCCAAACCGCCCAUGGGUUCGUUCGACAGUAAGAAGCAUCACGAUUGGUCCAGCUUCAACACCCUGCACCUGCGUAUCCGUGGUGACGGGCGACCAUGGAUGAUUAACGUCGGUGCGGAGACCUACUUCUCACACCAGAAGGACGACAUGUACAGUUACUUCCUGUACACACGGGGAGGACCUUACUGGCAAGAUGUCAAGAUUCCAUUCUCAAAAUUCUUCCUCUCUAGUCGCGGGAGGGUACAAGAUGAUCAGCAUCCUCUCUGGUUGGACAAAGUUAACACCAUAGGAUUAACGCUGGGUGAUAAGGCAGACGGUCCAUUUCAACUGGAGAUUGAUUUUGUUGCCGUGUGUAACGACCGUGCACACACAGAGAAGUUUGCAUACGAAGUAUACAAGAGGAACCCUGAAGUCUGAGGACAAGCAUCACCCACCAAGUCCCGUUCCCCCCCCAAAAAAAAUCUGCUUCAGGAAAUGCCAAAUUUACUACAUGUAUUUACAAUUCUGGAAAAAGUACAACAUAUACACACACUGUAAAACAUGAAUUACAGAUGACCAAAAUAUUUAACACGUUAACGUGAACAAUAAAGUACAUAACAUUGUAAUAGUGAAGUUGUUUGAGGAACGACAGAGUAAAACUGAACAAUCAUAACAGAUGCAGUAAAAACAGGGUCUAAUCUUUACAGGGGGGAGGGGGGGGGGG